AUGGAUCACAAUUGCACAUUAGCCACAAUAUUACCUAUGUUGUUUAGUUUCUUUUACAUUUACAAAAUCUUUUUCUAUCAAUCCAAUACCAAACAUCCUCCCGGGCCAAAACCAAUGCCAAUAUUUGGUAACAUCUUUGAGCUAGGGGAGAAACCCCACCGCUCAUUCACUAAUCUCUCUAAAAUAUAUGGCCCAAUAAUGACUUUAAAGUUGGGUAACAUUACCACCAUAAUAGUCUCAUCUUCAGAAGUUGCUAAAGAAAUGUUCCUUAAAAACGACCAAAAUCUUUGUAAUCGAACUAUUCUGAAUUCUGUAAAAGCAUCAAACCACGAUAAAUUCUCCAUGUCAUGGCUACCGGUAUCCACAAAAUGGCGAAACUUUCGAAAAAUCUUAGCCGUCCAAUUGCUUUCCACUCAACGCCUCGAUGCUAGCCAAACCCUUAGGCAAGCCAAGGUGCAACAGUUACUUGAACAUGUACGAGAAUGUUGUAAUAAAGGACAACCUGUUGAUAUUGGUAGAGCUGCUUUUACAACUUCACUUAGUUUACUAUCCAACACUUUCUUCUCGAAAGAAUUAGCUAAUCAUAAUUCUAAUUUAUCCCGAGAGUUUAAGAAGCUAAUGUGGUGUAUUAUGGAAGAGAUUGGACGUCCUAAUUACGCUGAUUACUUUCCUAUACUUGGAUACAUUGAUCCCUUUGGUGUUCGACGUCGUUUGACGUCUUAUUUUGACAGAUUGAUCCAAGUUUUCCAGAAUAUAAUCCUUGAAAGAUUAUCCAUGGAGGCUUGUAAAGCUUCUAAUAAUGGUGAUGUGCUAGAUGCUCUUCUUGACCUUUUCAAACAAAAAGAGUUGAGCAUGGACGAAAUUAACCAUCUUCUUUUGGAUGUCUUUAAUGCUGGGACUGACACUACUGCUAGUACAUUAGAGUGGGCAAUGGCUGAGUUGAUAAAAAAUCCUGAAAAAAUCGAGAAAGCUCAAGCAGAAAUCGAACAAGUCCUCGGAAAAGGUGGUUCAAUCAUAGAAGAAUCGGAUAUCUUAGAACUACCAUACUUGCAAGCGAUCGUUAAGGAAACAUUACGCUUGCACCCACCAACCGUAUUUCUAUUGCCUAGAAAGGCCGAGGAGGAAGUAACACUUUAUGGUUAUAUUGUGCCCAAAUAUGCACAAAUACUAGUGAAUUUAUGGGCAAUUGGAAGAGAUCCAAAAGUAUGGCAAAACCCGGAUGUAUUUUUACCUGAAAGGUUUUUGACAAUGACAUGUGACAUUGAUAUAAAAGGUCGAGAUUUUGAGCUCUUACCUUUCGGCGCAGGGAGAAGAAUAUGCCCCGGAUUGAGCUUGGCUUAUAGAAUGUUGAACUUAAUGUUGGCUACACUUCUUCAAUCCUACAAUUGGAAGCUUGAAGAUGGUAUGAUCCCAAAAGAUUUGGACAUGAAUGAAAAAUUUGGGAUCACACUACAGAAGGUUAAGCCUCUCCAACUUGUUCCUGUUGCAAAGUGA